AUGUCCUACUCUCCCUCACCUAACUCGCCUUCGUCUGGCCAGCCUCAGGCUUACCAACAACAUCAACAACGCCAACAACCAGGCCAACAACAACAAUAUCAACAACAGCAGCAACAGCAACAGCCAGGUCAACAUCAGCAUUAUCAAUACCAGCAGCAACAACAACAACACAUGCAGAGUUUGUCUGUUUGGUCGCCCAGUGUACCUGUCAAUGCCUCGGUCUCUCCUUUGCCCUCAUCCCAGGCACCCGUCCUAAUUUCUGGUCCACUUGACCUCAAGACAAGAGGACCCCACCCUAUCCUGCCUCCUCUUAAAAACACCCACCCUCCCCCACGCCAAAGCACCGGCCCUGCUCGGAGUGCUAGUCUUCGUCGCCAACUGUCCCAGAGUAGCAUCCGUCAACAAACCUCUUCUCCUUCCCCAAACCAAUCUUACAACAACUCUAAUGACCCCGAAAACAACUUUAACAAUUUCAAUCAGCAUCAGCAACAACAACAGUACUACCCUCAACAGGAUAGUGCCGAUUCCCGUCCUCCAUUUUCCCCGAGUUCAAGCACCUCCUCGAUCCAGUACUCUAACUAUGGUCGAGGUCCGUCCUCCUCACCCGGAAGCGGCUCGGAGGGAGGCAGCGGCAGCAGCAGGAUGCUGCCGAUGUCGCAGAAUGAUUCUCACCUUUCCCCUUCCCCGUCUCCUGGCCUCAGUCGAUCCAACAGCAGGAUCAACUACUCGUCCCCACUGCUGAGAUCCCACAGUCGGUCAGGAUCGAACUCCCCUUCUUCCCCUCCCUCUUCCUCGCCCUCGCAAUCUCCUCUGAAACGCUCAACCUCCAUCUUGAAAAAUGGCCCCAAAGAUGCACCUUAUCUCAACAGCAACAACGGUACGAAAUCCCAUCUCGAGAGCCUGAAUCAGACCUGGGAGCCUUCGGGACCAAGUCCGGCCCUUCCAACAGGCAGCUCGCAGAUGCCCACCCACAACGGAAGUCAACAUGCACUUUCCCAGUUUGGGUCUGCAUCCAAUCUGAGAGCAAAGGCCGCCGCUGCCGCCGCCGCCGCCGCUGCGGCUUCAACCCCCAACGAUGUUGGCUCCAAUACCGCCGGGGACCAAGAAUCCAAGGACAAUGGCGGGGCAGCAAUAACAGCUCCUACGACUGCCCCAGGCCAAGGGCCCAGUUCAACAAGUGCAUUCGAUUCCGCUACACAGCCGGCUUUGAUGCCCCACCAAGAGCUGAAGGACAAGGAGCUCGCGCACAAUCCCGUACGCGAUUCCGAAAACUACAAGGUCCUUGUUCCUCCUUCUCCUGUGGCCUCACCUCACAUCGGUCCUUCAGCAGGGUCUGCAGCGCACGCACAAGCUCAAGCAGGAAACAAUUUCAACUUUUUGAACUCGGACCCAACUUUGUCUCGGUCCUCCUCCAGGAGACGCAUGGCUCCUCCAAUCCAGGUGCCCACUACGCAACAACCCUCGAUGCUGUCUGGUGGUCCUCAGUCUGCUCUGUCCCCACAGUCACAGGGAAUCACCUCCCCUGUUUCGCCAGGACGCCGCCAUCCAUUCCACCGUUGGGAGAACAUGGCGCCUCCUCAACAUCAAGGUGGAGAGGCCAACAGCAACGGAUAUCCAGGAUCAGGAGGGCCACGUGGAUAUGCGCCUAACCGCGGCCAAGGACAAGGCCAGGACCACCAUGAGGAUGGUGAUUACGAGGAUGAGGGUCUCAACGACGAUACUGACGGCGAUGCACUCUCGGGACCUGAAGACCAAUCCCGUCGUCACCACCGACGCCAGCAAUCUGCGGGAGGUGAUGGCCCCUUCACACCUACUCGGUCGGCUCCUCAACCGCCCAACUUCAACGGUGGCGGCGGAGGCGGUGGCGGUGGCGGUGGCAACAGCGGCAACGGUGGAGUGGCCCCCAACUCGCGCGAGGCCGAGAUGGCUCACAUCAUGUACAUCCAGCAGCAGCAGGCCUUGUUCUUGCAGGAGAAGGCCAUGAACCCACCCCUGAAGAACAAAAGCAGUAACGGAAACCUGUCGGGCGGUAAUUCGGAUGGGUCCAAGAUCCGCCGCAAGGGAUCUCGUCAUCGCAAGCAGAUUUCGGUCAUCAGCGAGCCCAAACUGUUGUCCAGCACAAACCAGAUCAAAACUGUCCCCAUUGUGCGCCCCGCAGACCAGUCAGACAAUGAAGAUGCUGAAAACAAGUCGGAGUACACCAGCGGCGGCGAAGGUAUCAAGAACAAGGUCCGUCGUAUGCGCCGCGCCGUCCGUCAUGCUGCUAACGGCGUCUUCAACGAUGACGAUUCGGAUCGGGAGGACGGAUUGGGAUCCAAGAGCGAUGCCGAGAAGAAGGGUGGAUUGAAGCAGCUGAAGGCCCUGAAGAGCAAACUGGCCAAGAAGCUCCACCGUCCUAGCCAUGGUGGUACCUCUUCGUCAAGACAUGACCUCCACGGCGGUCCUGGUGGCGAGCACGGAGACGAGGAGGGUGGACGAGCCCCUGUCCAGUUCUUCUCCGAAGACAACCUCCGCGCCCGCUAUCUCGAGCAGCAGCAAGCUGGAGGACACAGUCUUGCAGCUGCUGGUGCAUCCAUCCGCAGAAGCAACACUACUCGUGAAAACACUGGCGCCACGUUCAACAGGAGGGACCCCUACGGAACCGGUGACAAGCAAGAGUACGAUUCUGGCAACGAGGGCAAGGACGGUGCGAUUGCCGAGGAAGGCCCAGAAACUGAGCUCACUCCACAGGAGGCUGAGGAUGCCGCCGCUGCAGCCAAGAAGGCCAAAAUGGCCAAGUUUGGCAGCAGGACGUUCGACAAGGAUGAGAUGAUGGAAGUCAAGGACGGUACUGGCGAGUCGUUCUUUGUCCCUCGCUGGAAUCUUGAUCCUAGGGCUGAUGAGUUGGGCUCAUCCAAGUCUGUCAUCAGUGUCACCUCGAGCCGGAAGUUGGAGCGUUCGGCUUCGAAUGCCACUGCGAUUUCCACCACCCCCGUUAAGCCCGCUUUGUCGAUUUCAGAGCGUUUGCAGGCCAGUAUGAUCGCUGAGCAGGAUGGCGAGAACGUGGCAGAGGAUGACAAGGUCGCCACUGAAUCCAAGGAUGCAGAAUCGGCAGCUGUCGUCGCAGAGGAUGCUGAGGGCGAGGUGACCCCAACUGGACCCAAGAAGCUUACCUGGGGUGAGUCAAAUGAAGGAACCCUUACAGUGGACGCCCAGGCUGACAAAGAGGCUGAUGCUGCCAUCUCUGCAGAGUCCGCCGACCAAGUUGAUCCCAAUGUAUCGGUCUCGUCUUCCUCUGGCCUGACCUCAAGGGCGUCGGUGAUGAGCGAGGCCUCGUCGAAUGCUUCGUCGGUUGCCGGUAUUGUGGUCGCUCAGGUCUUGACCCGUCAGAACUCGACGAGAAAGAACUUUAGCCGCCCUGCCGUUGGAGAGGCCAAGAAGCAACAGCAGCAGGAAGAGUCUCAGGAGAAGUCCGUUGAGCAGCAACAGCAGCAGGAGGUUCCUCAGCAGUUGGAGGAUGGUGCUGCUUCCACUCAGACGGACUCGCCUCGCCUUGGAUUGGGCAUCUCGCUCCCAUCGUCUGCAGCAGCGGAGAAGCCACGUGAGUCUUUGGAGGAGGUCAUGGCUGAUAUGGGUCAGUACCAGAAAUACCAAGGUGGAGCCCCUGAGAAGCAGUUGCCCCCUAUUCCUCAGGAUGAAUCUCCUCACAUGAAGCCUGUGGCUCCCAUGACGAUCCGCCCAUUGUCGCCCAUCCGCCGCACCACCGCCAACUCGACCGCAAGCAUGACAUCCGUCCUCUCGACCCCAUCUUCCCCACCCGCUAACCAUCGCACCAUCUCCCCUCUGGAUACGGCUGCCGUUCAACAGGAUGCGGAAGCAGUCCAAGCUGGUCUUGGUAACACCUACAACUACUCUGCCACUGUCACGGCCGCCUCGCCCACCUCCCCUACCAAGGCCAGCAGUCUUCGGAGCAACAUGUCUUUCAACGCCUUUACGCUCUCGCAAGGGCCUACUUCUCCUCUCCCCUCUCCUUCCAUCCCUACUGAUGCCACUGGUGCCACUGGUGGAGAGAGCCCUGCACCCCCAGCCAGCUCCUUCCCCUUGCCUGCUGUCUUGGCUCGUCAGGGAUCGCACUUGACUGAGCGUGCCUCGGUCCGUUCGAUGUAUGCCGACAGCAUCUAUGACUGCUACGAUUACGACUCUGGGUCCGAGUAUGACGCCCAGGACCCCUCAUUGAUUUCUCGACAGGAGUCCUUCCGCAGCCAGUUUGCCGAGCAGCAGGAGAAUGCAAUUGUUGCCGAGUCGUCCUUAGCUGUGCCCAUUGCACGCGUUCCUGAGGUUGUCUCCCGGAGGGUCGUUGAGGAAUCGCCUGUUCUGUCUCCCACUACCACUACCACCAAAACGGCUACUGCUAUGGCUCCUUUCAAGACCGAGGCUGAAUCUGUCGCCACUGUUGUUGUCUCUUUGAACAAGGAGGACGGACAGACUCAGACCCAGGUCCCAGAGUCUGUUGAAACUGGUCCUACUACCUCCAGUACUACCUCUGGUAUUUCGGGCUCUGAAGAACUCCCCGUCAUUCGCCUAAGAGGAGCUGCUGCUGCUGCCGCCGCCGGUGCUUCUGGCGUUAACGGCCAGAGCCGGGAUUCUCAAACUUUGAAGGAAGAGCAUCAUAUCCUCUUCGAGGACAUCCCCAAGGCUGUCCCCUACCGCAUGUCGAUAAUGACCACCGUUCCCGUCGACCCAGUCGGCGUCGCCGCCUCUCUCUCAGUCCCUCUCCUGGCAGCCGGAGGUAUUGCUGGUGUCAGCGUCGCUGGUGCUGGCCCCUCUCGUCCUACCCGCAACCCCAUGCGCCAGAGUCGUCACGGAUCGAUGUUGAGCAUUGGUGGAUCCAGUGAUCUCACUACCACCGACUCUUGGAUGUCGUCCUCAGUCCGCGAUACUCGUGAUGAUAUGUCUGGGUGGGAUAUCCGUGGCGAGCACCAUCGUCCCGGUACGGUCGACGAGAACGAGAGUGUUCGUCGGAUUAGCUUGAGUGUCAGCAGCAGGAGUGGCGAUUAUGAUGACCAGGAUGGAGAGCGGGCUCGUCGUCCUAGUGUUGAAUCCUUUAUGACCUCGUCGUCGCUUGCAUCUUCGGCUUUUCAGGCCAGGAGGAGGAGCUCUGUCCGCAGCGAGCGGACCAUGUCGAUCAUAACUGACAAGAACAGCUUAAUCAUUGAGGAGGAAGGUAGCGCCAGCAGCGACGAGUCCGACGGCGAGAACAGCAUCGCUCGCCGCGAUUUGAAGAUCCGCAUCAAGGGCCUCGAAAGCAGCGGCACCAGUGAUGCCGAGGACGAGCACGUUACCGGCUUGAAGGAUGGAGAGUCCCCCGAGGGCUCGGUCAUCAGACACAAGAAGCAGUGGUACAAGGAACGUCGGACCAGCGCUAGCAAGCGCGAGACCUGGGGAUCCGUCCAGUCUUCGUCCUCGUCCGAUAGCAACACGACUUCUUCGUCUUCCUCUGGAUCUUCGCAUUCCAACUUUUAUUUCAACGGUCGGUCCCCCUCCCCUUCGCCCACUGAGGAGACUGCCGCUGUCUCUACUUCUGCCAUGCCCUUUUAA